AUGCAUCUCGCCGCCGACCUCCCCCCGCACCGGGGCCGAGGCGGCCCCGGCGCGGGGCCCAUCGCGCUCGCUUCCGCCCUGCUCCGACGCGAGAACCACCGGCGCCGCGCGCUCGCCUGCGGGGCCGUCCUCGCCUCCGCGCUGCUCCUCGUGGCCACGCCGCGGUUCCGCCACACCCCUGCGCUCCACCUAUUCGCCGACAUGCGCAAUCUCCUCGGCGUGCCCAACACGCUCAACGUGCUCACCGCCUACCCGCUUCUACUCGCCGGGGUCCCGGGCCUCGUCCUCUGCAUCUGCGGCAGCGGGUGCUUCGGCGUCAGCUUGAGAUGGGAGGCCUUGGGAUGGUUCCUCUUUUAUGCUGGGAAUGUAGCAGCAGCAUUUGGCUCGGCUUACUAUCAUCUCAAGCCAGACGAUGACCGCUUAAUUUGGGACAGGUUGCCGAUGAUGAUAUCAUCCUCCUCACUUUUGUCAAUAUUAGUAAUUGAAAGAGUUGAUGAGAGGAUUGGGCUAUCUUGUUUGAUCUCACUCCUAUCUCUUAUAUUACUGAGCAGUGCAUGUGAAAGGGUUCUUGAUGAUAUGCGUUUAUGGGUGAUUCUGAACUUUGUUCCUUGCAUCGCCAUUCCUGCAAUGCUAUUCUUGUUUCCUCCCAAGUAUACACAUUCAAGGUUUUGGUUCCUUGCUACAGGCUUUUACCUUUUGGCAAGAUUUGAAGGCCUUGCUGACAGGAAAGUUUACAGUGUGAACCGGUACUUCAUUAGCGGCCAUUCCCUGGAGCACCUUUGUUUUGCCCUGGUGACGUUUAUACUAACUGUGAUGCUGUCCUUCAGAAAUAUUAAGAUUGCCAGGGACUCCUGA